GCGUGGCGCCCGCCGCCCACACGGCCUGAGGCAGCCUGGUUGGUCCCCGACUUUUCGGUAGCAGCCGAGGUUCUAAGCGUCCGGGAAGAUGCUGCAGAUUCCUUUGCAAAGUUACUUGAGAGGCCCAGGAGACGCAUGAUGUAAUCUUCAGAAAAGAACAGAAGAAAAUGUCAGAGAGAAACAGAGAAAAAGAGCCAGUCCAGGACCUGGAUGUGGAAACAGCAAGGGAGAUAGAAGCAGAACCAACAAGUGCAUCUAGCAAGAUGGUUCAUGUUAGCUCAACGUAAGAUGGAACUUACGAUUAUCCUUGUACAAACUUGGAAUGGACUGCCUUUGUGAAUUGUGUGCUCUCUCCUCUGGACUCAUGUGGAGGCACCAUGACCGAGAAGCCUAUCCAAAAGAUUAUGAUAUAGAGGGUCCUGAAAACAUAAAAAAACUGUAUAAUUCAACAUAUUGGCGACUUGGAACUGAUGAACCCCCAAUUUGGAUAUCUGAAACACAUGAACAGAUGGCACAAGUUUAUUUAAACAGAGAAUUGGCUAAAACAAAGAGAAAGGCUUUAUUGAAUGACAAGACAAUGAGUUCUGGGAUUAUUGAAAGGGACACUGGAUUACCUGCUACAGGCUUUGGAGCUCUAUUUACUAGACACCCACCAGAUCGGCAUAAAAUGUAUGCAUUGACAACAUAUGCUGAAGAAUAUGCUCCACCAUAUGAUUAUCAGCCACGUGAUUAUCCUUGUCAAGAUGAUUAUUCAGUAGUCCACAGAAAAUGCCGUUCUCAGUUCACUGAUCUUGAUGGUUCCAAAAGAUUUGGCAUCAACCCUUGGCAUGACGAGAGUGGGAUUUAUGCUAAUUCAUGUGUAAAACGAAAACUCUACCCAUUAACUGGUGGUCCUAUUAUCCCCUUUUAAAAGUAAUCUGUGGAAUCAGAUUCUCUAACUAAUGAAAGAAUAAUGGAAAUAACAGUUGAUUUUUCUAUCCCAAUAAAU